UCACAUUAUAGGCAUAUUAUUCUCUCUAUUUUUCAUCCAGCAAUUGAUAUCUAUAUUAAAACCCGAUUAAAUUCAUAUCAAAUAAAAUUCAUAAAUAUCCAAAACUCAAAAUCCAAACCUAUUACUUCAGUUCUCUCUCACUAAACAACCCUUUCCCCCUUUUUCACUCUAAGCACAAUAAAAACCCCAUUUUCUCAAAUUCCUCCAUCUUUCUUCAACAAAUUCAAUCAACCCAUUUUCAGAUUUUGCCAAACUCAUCAAAUGGAAGAAGCAUCUUUAUCCCUUUCACUUUCCACCACUACAAAUACCAACACUAAUGACCUAAUUGCUAACUACUAUUUACAGCAAUGGCGUCUCAAAUCCAAAUCCGCAGCCGCAAAAUUCGAAUCAAUGGGUUUCCCAGAACCUCAAUUCUUGACCCAAAUCGACGAAGAUGAAGAAGAUGAUAAGGAAGAAUUGCCUUCUGAAUUGGAUACGUUAAAUAGUUCUGGUGGGUUUUCGAUUGUCGGGCCGGAUAAGCUAUCUGUGAGGUACCCUAGUGUGAAUCAUCAUGGACAUGAUGUUGGUGUUGUACAAGCGAAUCGACCUGCACCAUCGAAAAGGCUGGUGUAUUAUUUUGAGAUGUACGUGGAGAAUGCGGGUGCGAAAGGACAAGUUGCUAUUGGGUUUACUACUCCUGGUUUCAGAUUGCGGCGACAGCCUGGCUGGGAAUUAAACAGUUAUGGAUAUCAUGGUGAUGAUGGACUGCUUUACCGUGGACAAGCAAAGGGAGAGACAUUUGGGCCAGUUUACUCAACAGGUGAUACUGUUGGUGGUGGCAUCAAUUAUGCUUCUCAAGAACUCUUUUUCACAAAAAAUGGAGCAGUUGUAGGAGCAGUUUUCAAGGAUGUAAAGGGGCCAUUAUUUCCUACGGUUGCAGUUCAUAGCCAGCAUGAAGUGGUUAACGUCAACUUUGGGAAGAAACCAUUUGUGUUUGAUCUUAAGGCAUAUGAAGCACAGGAAAGGGCAAAGCAGAAUUCAACUAUUGAAAAAUUGUCUAUACCUCAGAAUGCCAGUUAUGGAAUUGUUCGCUCAUAUUUACAACAUUAUGGAUAUGAAGAUACACUGAAAACGUUUGAUGUUGAAAGUAGAAGCACUCUUCCACCCAUCUCCUUUGUUCAAGAAAACGGCUUUACAGAGGACAUGAAUACGUAUUCAUUAAAUCAGAGAAAGGUUCUUCGUCAGUUAAUUCGGAGUGGUCAAAUUGGUGAUGCUAUUGGUAAACUUAAAGAUUGGUUUCCUCAGAUUGUCCAGGAUGGUGCAUCAGCUAUAUGCUUUCUGCUUCACUGUCAAAAUUUUAUUGAGCUAGUACGGGUUGGAAAGCUUGAAGAAGCUGUUUUAUAUGGCAGGACUGAAUUUGAAAAAUUCUACAAGUUGGGAGACUAUGCUGACUUGGUUAAGGAUUGUGCUGCUCUGCUGGCAUAUGAGCUACCCCAAAAAUCGUCAGUUGGGUAUCUUCUAGGAGAUUCGCAGCGAGAAAUCAUAGCUGAUGCUGUCAAUGCUAUGGUAUUGUCAACGAAUCCCAGCGUGAAAGAUUCGAGAGAGUGCUUACAUUCACGUCUUGACAGGCUACUGAGGCAGCUUAGCGCUUGCUUCUUGGAGAAGAGGUCGUUGAAUGGGGAUCAGGGUGAAGGUUUCCAUCUGCAUAGAAUACUUAACAGUGGUAGGAAAGGCUGAGGUAUGGUCUCGGUUUGCAUUCCCAUCACUCCCAUCCCAACCCAUGUAUAUGCUCAACCCACCGGGGGGGAAAUGCCCCUCGAUGACCAGCACACUUGCUGUGUAGAGUCGUUAUGUACUUUCUUGAUUUGUAAACAUUCAUUUUCUUGGAAACAUUGGGUUGUUGUCUUCGUUUCAUACCCCAACAGUAAACCUUCUAUAGUUAGUGCUCAUUGAAUGGUGAAAUUCUAUACUUUGGGGUAUAGCUUUUGUACAGUCAUUUUUCAAGUUCUGUUGAUUGUUGUGUUGUGUAAGCUGAUCCUUUAUUUUUCA